AUAAAUACAGUAAACUAAUGAUGUUAUAAAUACAGCAAACUAUUGAUGUUAUAAAUACAGGAAACUAAUGAUGUAAUGAAAUUUUUCAAAGGUGUGGGAAUUUAGAAAUCCAUAUGGAAGUGAAAACUGAUGAUGAAUGUCGACAUAAUAAAGACAAACUUAAUAAAGUCCAAGUAGAGGAGACAUUUUUACGACAUGUGGAAAAUCGGGAGACAAGUUUCAGCCAAGAUGAUUCUAACAAAUGUCACAUCUGUGAUAAAACUUUUAUGUAUCUUCAGAUACACAUGAGAGUUCAUACAGGCAAAAAACCUUAUAAAUGUGAUGUUUGUGGUAAAUCAUUUCCUCGGAAGAGCAGUCUACAACAGCACAUAAAAAUUCAUACUGGCGUAAGACCUUAUAAAUGUGAUGUUUGCGAUAAAUCAUUUAGUCAGACUAGUGAUUUACAGAAACACAUGAGAAUUCAUACCGGUGAAAAACCUUAUAUAUGUGAUGUUUGUAGUAAAUCAUUUUCUACGAAUAGUCAUCUGAAAAGACACAUAAAAAUUCAUUCUGGAGUAAAAUCUUAUAAAUGUGAUGUUUGUAGUAAAUCAUUUGGUCAGAACCAUGCUCUACAGCAACACUUAAAAACGCAUACAGGUGAAAAGCCUUAUAAAUGUGAUGUUUGUAGUAAAUCAUUUAGUCAGAAAAGUAGUCUGGCAUCGCACUUGAAAACUCAUUUCAGAGUUAAUCAGUAUAAGUGUGAUAUUUGUGGUAAAUCAAUUAAUCGGCAAGCUAAUCUGAAAAGACACAUGAAAAUUCAUACUGGACUUAAACCAUAUGAAUGUGAUGUUUGUAAUAAAUCAUUCAGUCAGAAUCAUAAUCUACAGAGCCACAUUAGAAUUCAUACUGGUGACAAGCCUUAUAAAUGUGAUGUUUGUGGUAAAUCAUUCACUGAGAUUGGUACUCUACAGUCACACAUGAGAAUUCACACAUUGGAAAAACCUUUUCAUUGUUCUGUUUGUAAUAAAUCAUUCAGACAGCAUGGGACUCUCGGGCAACACAUGAGAAGUCAUACAGGCGAGAAACCUUUUAGAUGUGAUGUUUGUAGUAAAUCAUUUACCAAGAGCAAUACGCUACAUUCACACAUGAGAAUUCAUACUGGUGAAAAACCUUAUAGCUGUGAUGUUUGUGGGAAAUCAUUUCGACAGUCUAGUUCCCGAUUGACACACAUGAAGAUUCAUAGUAGAGAGAAAUAAAAAAAACGUAAAAAAUAUUAUGUUUAAAAAUAUGUAUGUGAGGUUAUCUAGACCAUUUUGAGAGGCUCUGAACCCAAAUUACUUAGUCCUAGCAGCUUGAGUUGGGGUUUGGGAGCUGAAAAAAAAAAGACUUGUACAUUGCCUGAAAUACCAUCCGGUUGCUGUGUUUUCUUAUAAAAAUUUGAGAAAUUUCAAAUUACAGUAAACCUUGCAUAAGUCGGAUUCGUACAAGUCGGAUCUUCGCUCAACUUGUAUACAAUCGUUUGGACCCUUUGAUCUUGCAUGUUUUUCUUAUUAAAUUUCUGCACGUAACUCAGAUUUCCUUAGGCGGAUCUUGCUCAACUCGGAUCAAAACCGAUUUUAUUUCGACAAGGAUUAAAUAGGAAGGUUCCUGAAUGUACAGGGCAAUAAUGAGACCUACAUGUACAUUCAGAGCUGAACUAGGUCUAGGUCCGACUUAUUUAAAGUUUUCUGUACAAUGUAUAUAAUAAAAAAAACCAAUUGGGUGUUUAGAUCAACAUGUUAUAUGUACAUGAAAUGAUGUAGACCAGUUUUAAGUCUUUUUUCGUGAUUUCCCCUUGUCAGUGAUGCAGGACGGCGGGCCUGACAAGGACAGCUGUCUAGUCGUUCGGAUGGUACGAAAAACCGAGGUCCUGUGUACACAUUGGUGUGCACGUAAAAGAUCCCUUGGCAGUUGGAAUUCGAUACAAGAGUAGGCCGUAGCGCCCUCAUAGCACACGGUAUGGCGUAUGCCCGUCUUCAUUAGCCCAGGUUAGGAGCAGAACAGUAGGACGUUAAACCCCAUUUCAUUUCAUUUCAUUUAAGUCUUUUUAUUGUCACUUUUGCAGGUAAGCAGAUUAAAACAAUAGAGUGAGAGAAAUGGGGUUUAACGUCCACUAGACACAAACUAGGUCAUUUCUGGACUAACAUAUAGUUUGAUUUUAUUUCAGUAAUUCGCUUGCGCGUAGGGGUCUUUAGCAGUGGGAAGAAACCGGAGGACCCGGAGAAAACCCAUGAGGUUGGACAGGCGACCCUUCUCCUUGUCACGUACAACCUGGGAUUCAAUGACAGGCUUUAUGAUAAAGCGCGCACAUGCUAACUAUAUGUUAGUCCCAAAAUGACCCAGUUUGUGUCAGGUGGACAUUAAACCCUCUCUCUCUCUCUUUUAUUCACUCUAAAUUCAACUCUGCCACCCUUGUUUCCUGUAAAACAGGAUAUAUUGUUACUUUACGUUUUAAGCAUUACACUAAGUUUGUGGGUUAUUUUAAAAGCUUGACCUAAUAUUUAAUAUUACACAAGUGGUGUCACCUAUCAAACGGGAAUGUUACAUAAUAGACAUCUUAUGGAAUCUUGCGCGGAUGAAUAGUCAGAGUCUAGAAAUGUAACAAAAGAUUCUCUAGAAAUCUUACUGGGAUCAGAAAACAUUUUGCUCGGUGAAUACAAACACACAAUUUGAUUAAAAUACAGAUCUAUAUUUCGUUUCGUGUUUUUUAUACUUUCGAUGGCCUACACUGCAUGAAGAUCUGGCCGGUUGUAGUGGGAGGUUGUGUCAGAUGUCAUACGAGCGGCUUUUGACCCUAUGACAUCUGACAUUUGAUUAAUCAAUCAGCAUUGAUGUGCCUAGUGGAUUACCCACAGUUCCUUUCACCACACGCCUAAACCUUGCCGUAACAGACUGUUUUAUUGGCUAAUCUCUCACGUCAAGCAGAACACAGGUUAACCCGUUAUAUAACGUUCUGGACUCACUCACUAUGUGUAGGGCGUAAUAUAACGCCUUGGAGGUAUUUUCCCUAACCUAGUCUUAGAACAUAGUUUGACACUUGCCCCACGAUCCCAGCAUGUGUAGGACGUUAUAUUACGUCCUGGACAACUGCCACUCACUGUGUGUAGAGCAUAAUAUAACGCCUUGGAGGUAUUUUCACCAACCUAUUCUUAGAACAUAGUACAUAGUUCUUCGUCACUUCGUCAAAUUAAUUACACAAUAGGGGGUAGUUAACGUUUUAAAACGUCAUGCUUAACGGGUUAUAUAACAACUCUUCCAUAUACUAGUGUAGUAAAGACAAGUAAAACAAAAUUUUGAACUAUACGAAACGAAAUAAGAUCUGUGUUGUAAUCUGAUAGAAGACAAACCUAUAUUUGCAUACUAAUAAUGUAUUUAAAUGUUUUGUGGAUAAAAUAAAAAACUAUGAUCUUCAAAUUUUGUCUUAUUAAUGUUUAUGUUGUUUGCAGUUUACCAGAUAGUAUUGACAUCACUCUCUUUUUCCUGUUGACAAGGGGAUCACGGUG